CCCAAGCUAGGUUUUCACCAAAGCCCGAGUUGUGUAUUGAAAUUUCCUGGUAACCACGAGCAACAUUUCCCACAAUGCCACCAAGUCCUUCUUGCACGGCAAGACAAGUAGACCCAGGGUUCCCAGCCCGUUCUAUCCCACUAACUCGUCCCGCAUCGAAGACCUCGAGAAUAAGGGCGUCUUCAAAGGCCUCGCCCUCCUCACUUCCCACCAAUUCCUCCCGGCCUCUCGCCCGCCAACCUCCACGACCGCCCCGAGAACUAGAGCAAAAAGUGAAAUAGUUCCUUCGCCAACAAAACGGCAGCAACAUCUCCUUGUCCAAAGUCCAAAGCUUCUCUCAAAGCUGUCGCGCUGAAUUGGACCAAGUAGAAUAAAUCUCCUGUGAGACGGAGACCUCGGAGAGUGAAAUGGCGGAUUUGAAACCGAUACAAGACACGGUGUACGGACUCGAGAAGAGGAUAAGCGAGGGCGCCAUUCAGAGGGCUUCCCGGGGUGACACCGCGGCUGCAGGGCCCCGUGCUAUGAAUGGUGGGUGUGAGGUCAUGCCAAGACAUGAGGGCAUGGCGCAGUCAUUGGGCGAUUUUCUCGAGAGUUCCAAGGCAAACGAAGCUGUUAGGCAACAGCUGUGCGGGGAGUUUAAGACGCUGCCGUCUGCGACGAGUCGCUGUAUUCCAGAUGCGACAUUGGAUUUUGUAAGAAGGUUUGGGAAAGGCGAAAUCAAGGUUAUAGAUACGGAGUCACAGCGCGGUGAGGAGGGAGUGAAAACGCGAAUAGCGGUGUUGGGGAAGAGACGCGGAACGGGAAGCAAUCGGGGUCGUCAAUUACCAAAUCAUUGGACUUGGAGUACGAGUCAGUUGCGGACUACACAAAGCCGCGAAACAGCUACAACGGUUUCAACCAGGGAUCUGUAUCAGCACUUCGGUGGCAGUCGAUUAGUGAACAUCACGACAGCCAGUUGGAGAGUGAGGGAAGCUGGCGACAUUGUGGUGAUAGGCAACGGCGGUCAUUGAGUUAUGAGAUGGAGGAAAUGGCGGAACCACGCAGAUCCUCGACGAGUUUAAAUAACUCCAAGAAGC